AUAAAGCACCCGGCGUAAACAAAGGCAGAGCAGUUGACCGACAGCGACCCAGUGAGGGGCCACCGAGAGCUGGAUGAGCCUACGUCGACGAACAGGUCCUGACCAGAGGCUGACUGUGGGGGAAAAGCCACUGCGAAGCGAAUGAAGAAGCACCUGAUCUUCCACUUCACAUACAGAGGUCUUCUAACGAAAGGAAAAAAGAGUAAAAGAAGAAAAUGGAGUAUAAAUUACGAAAAGCUGAGCCCAAAGACGUGUCCGAUAUAUUACGACUGGUGAAGGAACUUGCAAAAUAUGAAGAGAUGGAGAGCCAGGUCACGCUGACGGAAAAGGAUCUCCUCGAGGAUGGGUUCGGUGAAACGCCGUUUUACCACUGCAUCAUCGCUGAAACUCCAGGAGAGAACAGCAGCGACGAGCCGAGCGUGGUGGGCUUUGCCAUGUACUACUUCACCUAUGACCCCUGGGUGGGCAAGCAGCUGUACCUGGAGGAGUUUUAUGUGAUGGACAAGUGCAGAGGGCUCGGCAUCGGUUCAGGAAUCCUGCGGCACCUCAGUGACCUGGCCAUGAAGACGCGCUGCACCGGCAUGAUGUUCGUGGUGGCGGAGAACAACGAGCCGUCGGUCCAGUUCUACAAGCGGCGCGGCGCCGAGGAUCUGUCCCAGGAGGAGGGCUGGAGGCUCUUCAGGUUCGACAAGGACAGCCUGGUCAAGAUGGCGACUCCGGCCGAGGAGUGACCGCUGGGCCGCAACCGAAGAGGAGGAAACCCAAGACCGCAAACCGUCCCAUCGGCUCGGCUUUUCCCCGCUCAAACCGGAGCUCGUUUUUACAGCUUCAGCUUCUAAAUAGAGAAAAAUGUGUCAACGUUGUGAUUCUGAGUGUAUUUUACUUCAUUUAGUUUACAAAUAUGUUAUUCUGUCUAAUCUUAACCAGCUGUAACUGCUUUUAGUUCAGAAUCAAUAAAGGAGCAGUAAUGAUGUAAUAAAGUCUCUUUAUUCACCCUGGAAAAACUCAGUAAGGUU